AUGCGGCUUUGUGUCGCCGGUACCAUCGGGGAUGGGAAGCCGAGGCAGGAAAACAAGGGGCUGCGGGAUGGCAUGACGCGGUGCCGGCUGGCACUGCCACUGCCGGGGACAGCCGUGCCACAGCGACCGGGGCUGCCGGAGCGGGACGAUGCUGCCGGGCAGCCGGUGUCCGUCCCGGAGGCAUUCCUGCAUCGGGUGACUCCGGUUGGGGUGCCCCUGGGCUACCGCCAGCGAGUCCCCAGGGGCCAGGGCUUGGCUUCUGCCUUUGACCUGGAGAAUGGCCCCCCCGGCCGGGGCGCGCUGGACCCCCAGGCCAGCCCGGGCGCGGGGCUGGUCCUGCAGGGCACCUUCUCUCACGGCCAGCGCCGCGAGUCCUUCCUGUACCGCUCCGACAGCGACUACGACCUGUCCCCAAAAGCCAUGUCGCGCAACUCCUCCAUCGCCAGCGACCUGCAUGGAGAAGACAUGAUCGUCACACCCUUUGCCCAGGUCCUGGCCAGUCUCCGAACCGUCCGCAGCAACCUGACCCACCUGCAGGACCGCGCUGGCAUCAAGCGAGGAUCGAGCAGCAGCCUGCCCUCGGGGAGCAAGGCCAGCCUCUCCGAAGAUGCCCACCAGAAGCUCUCGCGGGAGACCCUGGAGGAGCUGGAUUGGUGCUUGGACCAGCUGGAGACGCUGCAGACCAGGCACUCGGUCAGCGAGAUGGCCUCCAACAAGUUCAAGCGGAUGCUGAACCGGGAGCUGUCGCACCUCUCGGAGACCAGCCGCUCCGGGAACCAGGUCUCCGAGUACAUCUCCAGCACCUUCCUGGACAAGCAGCACGAGGUGGAGAUCCCCUCAGCACUGACAAAGGACAAGGAGAAGGAGCGGAGGAAGCGCCCCAUGUCGCAGAUCAGCGGUGUCAGGAAGCUCACGCACAGCUCCAGGCUGGCCGCCGCCGGCAUCCCCCGCUUCGGGGUGCGCACGGAGCACGAGGCGCUGCUGGCCAAGGAGCUGGAGGACACCAACAAGUGGGGGCUGGACGUGUUCAAAGUGGCCGAGUACUCAGGGAACCGCCCGCUCACCGCCAUCAUGUACAGCAUCUUCCAGGAGCGUGACCUGAUGAAGACCUUCCGCAUCCCCGUCAACACCUUCAUCACCUACAUGCUGACGCUGGAGGAUCACUACCACGCCGACGUGGCUUACCACAACAACCUGCACGCCGCCGACGUGGCGCAGUCCACGCACGUCCUCCUCUCCACACCUGCCCUGGAGGCUGUCUUCACGGACCUGGAGAUCCUGGCUGCCAUCUUCGCCAGCGCCAUCCACGAUGUUGAUCACCCCGGGGUCUCCAACCAGUUCCUCAUCAACACCAACUCGGAGCUGGCCCUGAUGUACAACGACGCUUCGGUGCUGGAGAAUCAUCACCUGGCCGUGGGCUUCAAGCUCCUCCAGGAGGAGAACUGCGACAUCUUCCAGAACCUGAGCAGGAAGCAGAGGCAGACACUCCGUAAAAUGGUCAUCGACAUGGUGUUGGCCACGGACAUGUCCAAGCACAUGAACCUGCUGGCAGAUCUGAAAACCAUGGUGGAGACCAAGAAGGUGACCAGCCUGGGGGUGCUGCUGCUGGACAACUACUCCGACCGGAUCCAGGUCCUGCAGAACAUGGUGCACUGUGCCGACCUCAGCAACCCCACGAAGCCGCUGGAGCUGUACCGGCAGUGGACCGACCGCAUCAUGGUGGAGUUCUUCCACCAGGGCGACCGGGAGCGGGAGAAGGGCAUGGAGAUCAGCCCCAUGUGUGACAAACACACCGCCUCCGUGGAGAAGUCCCAGGUGGGAUUCAUCGACUUCAUCGCCCACCCGCUGUGGGAGACGUGGGCAGAUCUCGUGCACCCCGAUGCUCAGGAGCUGCUGGACACGCUGGAGGACAACCGCGAAUGGUACCAGAGCAUGAUCCCCCGCAGCCCCUCGCCUCCGCCCGAGGGACCCGCGGUGUCCCCCGCCAACACCGACAAGUUCCAGUUCGAGCUGACGCUGGAGGAGGAGGAGGAGGGUGAGUCGGACACGGAGCUGGAGGGGGCCGAGAGUCCCUUGGACGAGGACAACAGCGGCUCCAAGACCCCAGGCACGGAUGACUCGGAGUGUGCCGACACCAAGCGCCUGUCCCCAGGCCCCGGGGACCGGGACUCGCCUGUGCCCCGCCCCAGCGACGUGGACAACCGGCGGGCACUGGAGGGGACACUGCCGAAGGAUGGUGGCAGCGGGUGCUCCGUGCCUGAGGGCAGCCAGGGGCUGUGCCUGGACACAGAGGGCAAUGUCACAUUCCUGUCCCUGGGCACGUAG